CUUCUAUAAGCUAAAGAGCCAAGCCGGACCAGUUAUGUUAUGGACCUAACAAGCCAGCUGGCCCGAGGCACAACGCGUAACCUAUAAUCAGCUCAUUUUAGUCUACAGCAAAAAAAGAGAGCAUAGUGAGGCAUAGAGAAGAGGGAUCAUGGACUUUCAGAGCACUCAGGGCAAUUAUUGUUUCCAUGAAAAUGUUCUGCUGCACGGAGAUGGAUCAAAUGGAGCUGGAAACCCAGCCGAUGUCAUGUCUAGGGUGGACCUCGAAAUUCAAUUUGGCUCUGAGAAGUUACUGAAUUUAGAGAUGCUGGUGAUGGAGGUAGCUGACCGAGCAAAUGAUAUUGAACCUCUCAUGCUGGACCCUGGGUCACUUUCGACUGAGUCGCUCGAGAAUGCUUUCGAAUUUGACCUAUUGUACGGGAUUCUAGAUGCAGAAGUCAGGGAGUUGGAGAGGUUAAUCAGUUAUAUUCAAAUCGAUAUUGGAAACAUCGAAAAGAAGCUUAACGGGGAAGAGUCAGAGGGCUGGUUGAAGGGUAAGCUACAUGCUGCCAUGGACUCCUUGAAGCAGAUGCAGGAGGUGAUAGCCACAAUUAGAAGAGAGUUUGCAAACUUUGAAAAAGCCCUAGACCCUUCCCACCGUAAAGCUGGAAAUAGUGAAGGUGGUGCAUAUGAAAAUGGACACGUUUCAUCUCACACAACUAUCCAGGCUGAGGGCCAAAGGAAUGUUCUUCAGAUGUUAGAACAGUCGAUAGCAAAUGAAUUAGAUCUUGAAAAGAAGCUAAGUGAUUUGGGGGUUCUCGUGGAAGAGCUGAAAAUGAAGCUGCAUCAUGUUGAACACGGGUCGUAUUUCUUGGAGGAAUCGGUUGAAGCGAUUUCUGAAAGAAUGUUUGCAGCAGAAAAUGCUUCCGAGUUGUUUCUUGUAACGUCAAAGGAACUUGUUAACAGAAUUAAUACCAUGCAGUACCAACUAAGUGCAUCAGGUUGUAGGGAAAGUGAUCUUAAAGCAAAGCUAGAGCAAAGCUUGGUGCAGUUAAAUGCUUUGAAUGGCUCACUGGAGAUGAUGCAAAAUGGCGGUGAGGAGAAUGCCAGCCAGGAUUCCAUGCAGAGGCAAAGGCUGUCGACCCCUGAGUUCUUCGCUUUACAGCAUAAGGUUCAGAAACUGGAGGAGUGGCUGAGGGAAUCUUGCUCCCAAUUGCAGUUCGUAACAGUAUCGACAGAAGGAAAUGAAAAAGAGCAGAAUAUGUCACCAUCUGAGAUAAGCAGAUUUAGGAAUAUAAUCAAUGAUAUUAAAGAUGCUGUUUCCAAAGCAGAAAGUAGAACACAAAAGGCCGAAGCAAGGUGUGCAGAGCUCACUCACACUAAUGUACAACUUAAUGGGGAGCUAAAUCAUAUGAAGACUCGGGGGUCAGAUAAGGCAGGCUUAUUGGAAAUGGAUCUUAUGGAGACAGAAGCUCAGUUAGAGCAUACAGUGGCAUCAGUUGAGGCUAUUAGUGAACAUCAGAGCAUGUUAAAGUCUUCAAUCUCUGAUAUGCAACAUGUGAUUGAAGAUCUGAAGGAUAAGUAUUUGAAAGCUGAAACCAGGGCUGAGAAUGCUGAAUCAAAAUGUACAUUGUUGACAGAUACCAAGUUCGAGCUUAGUGAAGAGAUAUCAUUUCUGAGAGGUCGAGUUGGAGGUCUAGAGAACUCGUUACGCCAAGCUAACCAACUAAAGCUGUCCACUGCAAAAGAUAUUGGUAUUAAAACUAAGACCAUCACUGACUUGGUUGCGAAACUUGCAUUGGAAAGAGAACGCCUUCAUCUGCAGAUUGUCACGCUAACAAGGAAGAACAGGAUGUUGACUCAAAAAUGCAAAGAGAAUGUCAAUGAAGGCACCUUGUUAAGCAAAAAGGUUACUGCUAAUGAAGGUGAACUCAGGCCGACUGGUGUAAUAGAGGAAGUACUUCUGGAUUCUUCAUCAAUGCAGACAAAGGUGAAGGCUGACGCUCUUAUUGGAGAGAAGGAAGCUGGGAUUACUGCUGUGCUUGAUGAUGAAUCUUGCACUCUUGAGACCGUGCGUUCUAUUGAGCCAACACUCCUGAACUGGAAGUACAUUUUCGUGGCAUUCCUUUUCUUGUUGGCUGCCGCUCUUGUGCACCUACAACUAACGUACCCUGUAUUACCAGGUAGUAUGUAAUAGGUCCCGUCUUGUAAUGAUGCAGAAAUGGCCAUCCUAUUUCUGUCCCGCAUUUGUCGUACGGGUAGCCAAUCUUAGUAGUAGCCACCGUCUCAAGUGCUGAUCCCGCCGUUACACGAAUUAUGCAGCAAGCUUUCCGAUCUUUAUCUGGAGGGGAAGGCAUACUGUCUGACUACAGAGUUGAAUCUGCGCAUCUAAUCUUUAGCACUACGGUUUCUUGAUC